AUGCCCCUAGAACCCCGAAACCUGGGACUUCUCUUCAUCUACGUCAUAUCCUUUCUCGUUGGUCUGCCCGCCAACCUUCUGGCUCUGCGGGCCUUUAUAGGGAGGGUCCGUCAGCCUGACCCUGCACCCAUCCACAUCCUCCUCCUCAGCCUGACGCUGGCGGACCUCCUGCUCCUUCUGCUGCUGCCCUUCAAGAUGGUUGAGGCCACCAACAAUUCUCUGUGGAUCCUGGGCAACGCAGCCUGCGCGCUCACUGGCUACGGCUUCUACAGUGCCAUCUACUGCAGCACGUGGCUGCUGGCGGGAAUCAGCGUUGAGCGCUACCGCAGCGUGGCCUUCCCCGUGCAGUACAAGCUCUCCCGGAGGCCUGUGUACGGUGUGAUCGCUGCGGCGGUGUCCUGGGUUCUGUCCUUCGGACACUGUUCCAUCGUGAUCGUCAUCCAGUACUUGCCCACCGGGCGUCCCGAAGGCCUCCGAGUCUGCUAUGAGAAUUUCACCCGAGAGCAACUGGACGUGCUGCUGCCUGUACGGCUGGAGCUGUGCCUGGUCCUCUUCUUCGUUCCCAUGGCCGUGACCAUCUUCUGCUAUUGGCGUUUUGUGAGCAUCGUGCUCUCCAGGCCCCAAGUGGGGGCCCAGAAGCGCUGGAGAGCCGUGGGGCUGGCUGCUGUGACACUCUUCAAUUUCCUGGUCUGUUUUGGGCCUUACAAUGUGUCUCACGUGGUGGGAUACUUCCAGGAGGAAAGUCAAAGUUGGCGUUCCUGCGCCGUGCUGUUCAGCGCUCUCAAUGCUUGCAUCGAUCCCUUAAUUUUCUACUUCUCCUCCUCAGCUGUGCGCAAAGCCUUUGGGCAAGGACUGAAGAGUGUACAGAAUUGGAGUGCCACCAUGACUAGGUCCUGGAGGAUAAGUGAAAAGUGGGCCACCAAGAAAGCAGGUGGGGGCCCAGGAAGGACCAAUAUCAACUUCACAGGAGAGAGAGUGCCUAAGCUCGAGCACAUGGGCAGCUUCAUCUUAUCAAGCAUCCUCAUUCCCGUAGCUUUCUACCUGAGAAGCAGCAGGCAGAAGCAGCUCAUCCCUGGCUAA